GGUUUCUAUAUCGUCAUAUCCGGGUAUUUGGGCGUUCAUCGCCAUUUGCAUUGCUUCAAAACAGCCUAAGUUUGCGGUCAAUUUGAUCGCAUAGAGCGCUAACAAGCUCUCAAAGAGUUUUCAGGGGUUGUCAAAACCCCUUUCUGUAUUAUUUACAAACCAUCAAUAUUUCAUAUUGCAUAGAAUUUCUAGUAUAGAAAUUUGAUUUUCCUCGGUUAGUUUCAAACAUGGAGCAGUAAAAAUGAUGCCAAAAAGCAAUCUGGGUAAUUCUUGUGUGGCCGUGUGGUCCAAAACAGCACUAUUUUAUCUGGUAGUUGAUGUCAGAAGAAGAGAAAGCAAAGAUGGACAAGAAAGGAAACUCCCGUCAAACAUUUUCUGUACAGAAAUCUAAUGGCAGCGAUUCUAGAAAAGAUGUUGCAACAAGAAAUCAACGUUCUGGUAAAAGACGCGGAAAUUAUAAUGGAGGUGGUGGCAAUUACUCGUACAGUGAUGGACAGGGUAGAAAACCUACUCCACAGAAAUUCAAAAAUACAUGGGAUAAACGCCCAAGACAGCGCGGGGAGUAUUCCAGUGGAAAUGGGGGUGACCUAGAAGAUGAGGACCUGGGAGUCGAAUUCGGCUCUGCGAUCCAGGCAGGAUCAAAGAAAGGCAACCUCAAUCAUCUGCUCAAUUUUACCUACGAGCAUGAGAGUAACCAGAGUGGCUAUCGGGGGGCAGCAAAUAGUAACAGAGCUUACUAUAGCAGGGGAAGACCUAUACAAUACAGAAAUACUUACUCCAGAUACAGUAAAAAUUGUUAUAACAAGGAGCAGUUUUUGCAAGCAAACUGCCAGUUUGUAGUGAAAAAUUCUGGUGACUAUUCUAAACAUUUGAUUGACCCCGAUGUACUUGUUGACUGGGAUAAAGUUGAACAAGUGCGUGUGAUUGGGACAGAGCCAGCAUCAUGUCCAAUUUGUCUACAAUAUCCGAUAGCUGCCAAGAUGACCAGAUGUGGUCACAUAUUCUGCUGGCCGUGUAUUUUACACUACCUUGCUUUAGGGGAGAAAUCCUGGAGAAAAUGUCCUAUUUGCUAUGAAUCUGUGCACAACGAUGAUCUCAAAAGUGUUGUAUGUCGUGAAGUACAGAAUUAUAAAGUUGGAGAUACUAUUACUUUAACAUUGAUGAAGAAAGAGAAAGGCAGUAUUUAUGCAGUACCCGCUAAUCUAUGGCAGAAACAACCUGGAAAAUGUCAUAACGUAAAUGAGAAUGAAGAUGUAACUCAGCAUGUGAAGCUUCUUACUGCUACACCAGAACAAGUGUUACAAGUUACCGAGAUGGAAAAACAACAGUUACAUAUGCUGCUAACUGAUGCUGAGUCAUCCGAGGAACCAUUUAUCAAGGGGGCACAAGAUCAAGUAAAGGCUAGAGAAUUGUCGUUGCUCGGUAUAUCUGAGGUACAGAAAGAUAUUCAGAAGGCUGUUGACAGUGUGAAGGCUGUGACAUCUGAAACAAUUGUUAGUCCUGCUGAAAAAUCGUGUUCCCUAAAUACAGCUGGUCGCCAAGGGUCACAGAAGAUAAAACAGUACAAGAGUGCCUUCUCUGAUGAAGAAGAAGAAGUCACUGAAGAUGUUGUUGAUGAUAAAAUAGAAAGUGAUGUUCAAGGUGAUCAGGAGCAAACAAGUAAUCAAACUACAACAACAAAAGAUGGAGAAUCAAGCCCAUCAGUACCAGUUAGCCCAUCAUCUAUUGAGCACUCUGUAUCAGAAGAGUUCACUGUUGGUUCCCCAGAAGCCCAGGCCGUACCUGUAGAGAUGAUACCGGAUAUGAUGCCUGUAGAAGAGGCUGCAGAACAUCUCGAGUUGCCCACCCAGCAUGGUGAUAAAACUAGACACAAAUCGGGAGAUAAUGCUUUCUAUUUUUAUCAAGCUGAUGAUGGUCAACAUAUCUACCUACAUUCUCUUAAUGCGAGAUGUUUAGUUAAAGAGUAUGGUAGCUUAGAACAUUGUCCACAGAAAAUUACUGCUUCCAUUGUAGAGAAAGAAAGUGUGUUUGUCACUGAGGAGUUAAGAAAGAGACUGCGCUAUUUGAGUCAUUUGCCUCUGACCUGUGGUUUUGAAGUCGUAGAAUUGGCACUUAGACCACCACUAAUAGGGAAAGACACCCUGAAAUACUUCACAGAUGAUAUUGAUAAACGUCGAAGACAACGGCAGAGAAGGGCUCGAGAUGAUAAAAGAAUGGCAAGAAUGAUUGAAGAACAGGAGAGAAAGAAGCUUGGUCUUGGCACAGGGACAAUAGUACACAGCCAGUUUCAGCAACAACAACAACAAGGGUACAGUGACAGACAAAGUGAUACUAGAAGUGAUACCAGCUCUCCACUGUUAGAUACACCUGUUGGCAGUCCAGGUUUGAAUGUUAAUGCAGCCGAGUUCAAUCCAGGAACCAGCCCUUGUGAAGAAGGGAGCCAGACAUCCACUGUCUCUUUUGCACAGAUGCUGAAAGCUGGACAGAAGAGUACAGUUUGGCCAAAGAUGCAGUCUGAGACGAGCAAGUCGCCUGUGUCGCCAUCUAGUGGGCGUGGAGGUAGUGAUGAGAGCGAUAAUGAGGAUAAAAUACCUGUCCCCAAAUAUCAGAGCUCGUUUGGAAGUGCUAUAGAAGCUGCUUUUGAAAGUAUUGGCACAAAGACAGAAUCAUCAAGUCCACAGGCAACUGGAUCAACAGCUCAGACUACACCAGGAAGUGGCAAGAAAAAGAAGAAACAACUUGUUCUAUUUUCAACAUCAAUGGCAAGAGGAGGAAAAUAGAGGGAAAUAAUGGCAAACAGGAAUAUAAUGGCAAACAGAGCUAAUUUUACAUAUGUUCAUUGACAACUGCCAAUCAAUAACAAACAGACUGUGAUUCUGUGACAUUAGGAUAGUUAAACAAUUAAAAGUGCAAAUUGUGUGUGUUUUAAGUGAUAUCUUAAUUAUUUAAACUGCAUCAUAGGUGCUUUUGGUGUUACAAUUAGUGGAUAUAUGUUGUGAAAGUUACUGCAUAUAUACUAAAAACAUGGUGUUUUCCCAAAUGGAAUUAUCCCUGAAUAUAUUCUAUCACAACAGUGGUCAGUGUGUGUGGAAGCUUUAAAAACUAGCAUAGUAUCAGGAAAAAAGACCUUGUAUAUUUAGCAUUGGGUUGGAAGGGUUAAAUUAUGUUGAUAAUUUUUUGUUAUUUGUUUUAUUAUGCUUGUUUUUUUCUGUAUGUAAAUUAUUUAAAGGUAUGAAUUCAGAUCGUUUGAGUAUUCAGACAAAUACUUUUUGAUUUCUCAAUAAAAUUGUGAAGAAUCAAAAAUUUAUUAACUAAUUAAAAUGAAUAUAAAUUUGCUUCUGAUAAUUGUGUGUUUGUACAUGGCCUCGUUCUGAUUUCUGAAGUGAAAUCUCGUAUUAGACCUAGAGGUAUUCCACCAACCAAUGGGAUGCCUUGUGUAAAGUCUUAAUACUUUUCAUUACGGAAACAGAACGGGGCCAUACUUACAUAUCAGUAAGGAUUAUGGAACCUAGUGAGCUUGACGAUGUAUGGUAGUCAUCAUAUUGGUAUAUUUUUUGAAGUAAUAAUGUCACAGUGUUAAACACUUUAUAAUGUGAUGGAAAUGAAUUUAAGAAAUGGAAAACUUGACUGAAUGCAAAAGUGACUUUGAGUUUAUUACCCGAAAUAAUAACUGAUUCAUUAAGGGUCGUAAUACUUAAUACAGAACAAAAGAAUUCUGAAUUUUGAUGAUUUUGUAUCACCCAGUGUAAGUUAGAAUGUAUUUAUAUUAGUUUUGGAUUUUGAAACUUGAUAAAAUUAUGAUUAAAUAAAAGUGGAAAGGUCUUUGCUUAACAUACUGUUAACAUUCUUUAUAUAUUUUAUAAAAAAAACCAUCAUGAUAUAUUUCUUAUAUAUAUUUAAAUGUAUAUUAAUUUUGUACUUGUUUAUCAUCCUAAGACAGCUUUCCUAGUUUGUACAUCUUGAAAAGUAUUUAGUUUUUUAUGUAGAAUAUUAAAGCAUAAUUACACUAUCACAUGUAUACUUUGCUAUGAUAUUUUCCGAAGUCUUGAACAUGUUUUAUUCCUAUAGUUGUAAAAUUAAUGCCUGUUUUGUUACCAGUUUCAGCAAUAAACGCUAAAAUGUUA